CCCCGGUAAUUUCACCCUUGGGCAAUCACGUGUUAGAAAAUGGUGUCCAUUUUAUAUGGUGAAUGUCGGUAUGAAUGAUUUGGAAGUUUUGUAAUCACCUGUUAGAAAAUGGUGAAUGUCCCUGAAUUCUCAUCUCUUUUUUCCACCAUGACUUGCCUUGGUUCUUUAUAUAUAGGCCUCUUUUAUAUAUUGCAAAGAUAUCUUUCUAGUCUGUAUACAUCCCAUUGCAUAUCAUAAUAACUCAAGAAGCAUGGGACACAGUACUCCUUCGUUCUUACUUCUUUCACUUAUACUACUGUCAGGAACAGUUGCACUUUCUUUCUGCAAUGCAGAUCCUAAUGUGGGUUGCAUGGAUAUCGAGAGGAAAGCCCUUCUGAAGCUUAGAGAGGGCCUCACUGAUCCUUCAGACCGGCUUUCGUCUUGGGUUGGAGUAGAUUGCUGCAAAUGGAGAGGUAUAGGCUGCAACGAGACAACUGGACGUGUGGACAGCCUUAAUCUUCACAACCCUUAUGCAGAUGGUUGGGAGAGUGAUGAUGGAACACUCCAUGCUUUAGGUGGUGAGAUCAAUCCUUCUUUGCUUGUUUUGAAAGAUUUGCUUUACUUGGAUUUGAGCAUGAAUAACUUCGGAGGUCUAGAACUUCCAAGUUUCAUUGGAUCACUAGAAAAAAUGAAAUACCUCAAUCUAUCUGGUGCAUCUUUUGGUGGAGUAAUUCCCGCCAAUCUUGGAAACCUUUCAAAAUUGCUUCAUCUUGAUCUCAGUAAUAAUGCUAUUGAGAGUGAUCUCAGAUGGCUUCCCAGUCUUUCUUCCUUACAGUUUCUUCACUUGGGAGGAGCAGACCUUACCAAGGCUGCACCAUAUUGGCUUCCCACUGUUAAUAUGCUCCCUUCACUUCUUGAAUUGCAUUUGCCUGGUUGUGGAUUUUCCAUCCUUCCUCCUACUCUUCCUCAUAUCAAUUUCACAUCACUUUCGGUCCUUGACCUAUCUGCCAAUGAUUUCAACUCCACACUUUCUCCCUGGUUGUUCAAUCUGACUCAACUAGUCAAUCUUGAUCUAAGUUCGAACAAUCUGAAUGGAGAACUUCCAGAAACACUAGGGAGUUUGACUCAUUUGAAGAACCUUGAUUUGUCAGAGAAUUCAGAUAUUGGAGGUCAGUUGCCGAGAAACUUGGGGAUGCUAUGCAAUUUGCAGUCUCUUAAACUUUCAAUCAACAAAGUUACUGGUGAGAUAACCGAGUUCAUUGAUAGUAUGUCUAGAUGCACAAACAGCAGCUUAGAGAGGUUGGAUGUAGGUUUUAACAGUCUCACAGGAAAUUUGCCUAAUUCAUUGGGACUUCUUAAGAAGUUAAGAUUCCUCAAGUUGUGGCACAACUCAUUUCAGGGUUCAAUCCCAGAAUCUAUUGGAAACUUGACAUCUUUGGAGGACUUUUACCUUGCACAGAAUAAAAUGAGUGGAGUCAUCCCAGAAAGUUUUGGGCAGCUCUCAUCACUCGUUGCUGUAGAUAUGUCUGAAAAUACAUGGGAAGGUGUUGUAACAGAAGCUCAUUUUCUGAAACUUCGAAGCUUAAAAGAGGUGUCAAUCCAGAAAGCCUCCCCAAACAUUUCCCUAGUUAUCAACAUUAGUUCUAAAUGGAUGCCUCCAUUUAAAUUGAGAUACUUGUACCUUAGAUCAUGUCAAGUGGGUCCCAAAUUUCCUACAUGGCUUAGGAAUCAGACUGAGCUGGUCACUGUGGUCCUGAAUAAUGCUAGGAUUGCAGAUACCAUACCUGAUUGGUUUUGGCUGUUGGAUUUGGUAUUAGAUGAACUAAAUCUCGCUUACAAUCAACUAAGAGGCAAAGUGCCUAACUCGUUAAGGUUUAGCUAUCCAGCUAAUGCUGCUUUCAGUUCGAACCUGUUUAAGGGCCCCCUCCCACUCUGGUCACCUAACAUUACAACACUCUACCUCAGGGAUAAUCAGUUUUCAGGGCCAAUUCCUUCAAACAUUGGUGACGUGAUGCCCUCCUUGACUGAUUUAGACAUAUCAAGGAACGGUUUGAGUGGAAGCAUUCCCCUGUCUUUAGGUAAUCUAAGCCUGUUGACGACCAUGGUUCUCUCAAAUAAUUAUUUGUCUGGUGAAAUUCCUCAUUUCUGGAACAGUAUACCAGACUUGUAUAUUGUAGAUAUGUCAAACAACAGUCUCUCUGGUACAAUUCCAAGAUCCAUGGAUUCUCUUAUUUCACUAAGAUACUUGAUACUCUCUAGUAACAACUUGUCAGGCGAAGUUCCUUCACUGAGAAACUGCACUGGCAUGAAGAGUCUUGAUCUUGGGGAUAAUAAGUUCUUUGGAAACAUUCCGGCGUGGAUAGGAGAAAGCAUGCUCUCUUUAUUGAUUUUACGCUUGAGUUCCAACUCAUUCACCGGAAGCAUUCCUUCACAGUUGUGUGGCCUUUCCAGUCUUCACAUAUUGGACGUCUCACACAAUAAUCUUUCUGGUCAUAUUCCCCACUGUGUUGGUAAUUUGAGUGGCUUGAAAACAUCUGUAAUCUCAGAUACAGAUACAUCAUACCUUUACCAGGGAAAACUGAAGGUAGUUGCAAAAGGAAGAGUGCAGGACUUCGAUUCCACUCUUUAUCUUGUUAAUAGCCUAGAUCUCUCAAGCAAUAACUUAUCAGGUGAGAUGCCGAGGGAGCUAACAAGCCUAAUAAAGUUGUGGACCUUGAAUUUAUCCAUGAAUCAUCUAACAGGAGUAAUUCCAUCAAGGAUUGGGAGCAUGGAGUUGAUAGAAACUCUUGAUUUGUCAAUAAACCAGCUUUCAGGUUCCAUUCCACCGAGUAUGGUUUCAUUGACAUUCUUGAGUCAUCUAAACCUCUCAUACAACAACUUGUCUGGAAAAAUCCCAACAGGCAACCAGUUUAACAGCCUGGUUGAUCCAUCAAUAUAUGAAGGCAAUGCCGCUCUUUGUGGUUAUCCGUUGCCUGAUUGCCCAGUCAAUGGCAGAACACUUCAGGGUCCAAGUGGACGUGGAGAGGACAAUGGCUUUGAAAUGUUGGGGUUCAUCAUUAGCAUGGUGAUCGGUUUUGUUAUAGGGUUCUGGGGAGUUUGUGGCAGUUUGGUCAUCAGCAAGUCUUGGAGGAAAAUAUAUUUCCACUUCACUGAUAAAAUGAUCGUUGCUUGUAUACGGAAAUAUCAGAGACAGGAAAUUUAAGUAGUUUUACUUGAAACUUUUUUUGUUUUUGGUCAUUCAGGA